ACGGCAUCCUUCUGAGGCCGGCCAGGUUCUUAAACCAAGGGUGCCACCCUCCGAGGCACUCUUCAGAAAGGGAUUGCGGUCCCUGCUGCCGGGUCUUCCCCUCCAUGUGGCUAGGAAUUGUACAGUAACCCCAAGCAAAAAAAAAAAGAGGAAGCCAUGGGGUCUCCGGGCAGCAUGGGGAAGGAGAGACCCCUUCUGCUCACAGUGCUGGUAUCAACAAUGGUGCUAACUCCAACUUUGGCCAUUAACGUUUACACGGCAGGCGAAGUCCACGGGACGGUGGGCUCCAAGGUGACCCUUUCCUGCACCUUCUGGUCAAAUGAAUGGAUCUCUGACGACAUUUCAGUCACUUGGCGCUUUCAGCCAGAGAACGGCCGAGACGCCAUUUCGAUAUUCCACUAUGCCAAAGGCCAGGCUUAUAUAGAUAACGUUGGAGUCUUCAAGGACCGCAUUGAAUUUAUCGGGAACCCCCGCUGGAAAGAUGGCUCCAUCGUCAUCCAUGACUUGGAGUACACAGACAACGGCACCUUUACCUGUGACGUUAAGAACCCCCCUGACAUCGUGGGGAAAUCGUCCCAGGUCGUGCUCUACGUCUUUGAAAAUGUCCCUACCAGGUACGGCGUGGUGCUGGGCGCCAUCAUUGGAGGUGUUCUGCUCGUGGUCUUUGUGGUUUUGGUGAUAGCCUAUCUCAUCAGGUGUUGCUGGCUGAGGAGGCAAGCAACUCUCCAACGGAGGCUCAGCUCAAUGGAGAAAGGGAAGUUGAGGCUGGGCAAGGAUUCUUCAAAAAGAGGCCGUCAGCCUCCCGUCCUGUACGCUAUGCUGGACCACAGCCGCCUCACCAAGUCAGCGAGUGACAAAAGGUCUAAGGGAGGCCUGUGCGACCUCCGCAAGGAUAAGAAAUAGCGGUUAGCAGGCAGGGAAGGUACCCCGAAGAAGGCGGGCGAUAAAAAGGUCGUCAUGACUAUCGAGAUGGAACUGAAGAGGGACCAGCUCGAGGCUGAAGGCCUGAAGCCCGCCGUCAAGUCCCCCAGCAAGAACAGCCUCAAAAAUGCGCUCAUGAACAUCAUCAAAAGUGAUUCGGAAAAGUGAUUUGAAAGGACGGAAUGAUCCCAGGCCUCCGCUUCCGGAGGCCUGGGAUACUUUCCCCUUCGUCCAACCCUCAUGGCUUUUUGUUUCCGUAGUACUUCAUUAGCCCAUCUAGUCAGGGGCUGAUGGGAUUUUUGGCCAAUUCUUGUCCACCAAGAAACUUCCUCAGUCCCUGCUCCUCUUUUCUCCUUAACCUUGACGGAGAGAUUUUCACAUCGUAUAUGUAUAGCAAAGCACAGGGUAUAUUUACACCCAUUUAACAUUGUUAAUAACACCUAGGACUUUGUGUGUACAUAAAAGAAUGAGGUAAACUGAGGUAAAAUCAUCAGAGGCAACGAUCCAACUUAUGCUCCCUCUCAUUAUGAGGAGUGUCUUCCUCUGCGAAGUCCAGAAACAGACCAGAUAAAAGUCUUGGGACACCAUUAUAUCCAUGCUUUGCGGAAGUUAACACCAAA